AUGGCUCGGGUCUCAUUGCAAGUUCUCAUCUCUCGGUUCUGGGAAAGUGGGCCCAGAUUGCUGCAGCCCGGGCACUCUCAAGCUCUCGAAAAAUGGGCUCGGUUUAGCUGUUGCCCGGCCACUGCUC